AUGGAGACGAGUACCGAGCACAUGGACGUGACUGCAGGUGCCGCGCUGUUCGAUGCCUCGAGUUACACUGGCGGAGCGCCUCUGAUCCCGAUGGAUGACGGCGGAUCAGGUGAGGUCGAGCCAGUGGUCGGUCGGUUGAUUGAGGAAGCCGUGACGACCGUAGGUCAGCAGCAGCAAUUGGAGCUGCUGAGUGGGAGCAGAGAAGUGGCGGAUUUCAUGGACACGACAGCAGACGACGGUGACGAUGAGAAGAAGUUGGGACGCCCGAGUCAUCCUGCGUGGCAGUACUUUGUUCGUGGCGAGAAGCGCAAUCGCUUCCACUACAAUGCCCACUGUCGACUCUGCAGAGAGCAUGGCGUGGACGCCGUGGCGAUUCGAGGUGUGUCGGGGAACAUGAUUCGCCACUUGCAAAAGUGCGUCUACUGUCCAGCUGAAGUCGUGACGCAGUUGAAGCUGCUCUGUGCACAAAAAGAUGCAGCGAAUUUUAACAAGAGACAUCAGUCGCCGAAUCAGAACGUCGAUAUGCUGCUUCAGGAGACAACUGGAGCGAUGCAGAUGAAGAAGGCACGAUGGAGUGACAACCAAUGUGGCCACGUUGAUUCGGUACACAGUGAAGUUCGGCAGCGAGAUGAAGGUGGUUUUGCCGCUGGUGCGCAGUCACUGCAGCUCCCGUCAGUCUCUACUGAUGCAAAUGCAGAACGAUUGAGUGGGGCGCCAUUACUAAAACCGCUGACCCAUGAGAAACGCAACAUUGCGUCAGAGAAGCUGAGUGGGUUACUACCGCCUAGGCGCUGGGAUAGAAGUGAGAGACGCUGCAGGCCGCUUGACCCAUAUAUGCAGAGUUCAACUGGACUUGAAAUGGAUCCACGUGUAAGCAGUGAUACUGAUCCAGAUGCGUUGAGCAUGUCUGUGAUGUCGUCGACGCUGUCAGCAGGUCUGCCCUGGGAUUGGGUGUGGACGGAGCAAUCAGCUUUACUGCUUGGAGACAUGCAGUCUAAGAUCAGAUUGCCAAGUGCCGAGUUGCUUUCGUCAAUCGGAGCCGUUUCUCAUGAUAAGCAGAUAUCGAAGAUGAAAGGUGAGCAACUUGGCGUGACGUUAGCCAUCAACUUUUGGGUGGCUAAGUACCCGAGAACAAGUUUUGUUCUGCUUUCUCUCGUAAACGCUCUCGGUGAAGCAACAGCUUGGAAGCUUAUUGACAUGGGAAUUGAGAUCAGUGCACCGGAGUGUCUCGCUGACAAGAUCACGAGUAGUUUAACUGAUUUGCGGAAAAGAGGUAUUCAUGUGAUCAGCAUUGUUGCCGACACCGCGCUGGCUUACGCAGCUUCCCGUCUUGCAGUCGAGUCCAGCGGGUGGUCAAGUUUGUCGAUUCCUGUGCUACCAUGCUUUUCGCACUUGUUGCAGAUGCUGCUGGGUAUCGUCAUGACAGAGUCGGACACGUUUGCGGAAACUGUGGGCGAAGUGACUGAGCUUGUACGGGCGUUCUCAAGUUGCCGUGUGUCAAAGGUUUUGCAGCGUGAGUGCGGCGAUCCAGAAGCAACACUGGUCGCUCCAACACGGCAGAACUGGUAUUCCUUUAUCGAAGCAGUAGAUUCCGUCCGCCAGUACGAGGACAUGCUCAAGAUAAUUUCAUCCAAAGUCGCUCAAGCCUCGUCGCGUUCCAGAGAUGCAGCUCGACAUCCAUCGAGCAUAUUACACGACGAAAAGUUACGCAAAGAUAGUGCGGGCAACACUGUCGAUGAGCUGGUGGAGUGCGGUCUUUCAAGUCAUGCAAUACAGACUGUGCAAAGUGCAGAAUUUUGGGAAAACGUCACAGCCUUGAGCGAGCUGAUGUCACCGCUGAAGGAGGCAUACAAAACGAUGGGCAGUACUUUUACGUCAUCAUGUUCGUUAUCGGACAUUUUGUAUCUAUUCGGGAGAAUGCAGCAACAGUAUGAGGCUAUUUUAUCUGACUGGAGGGACGUGUCUGGUGGGCGGCCAUUUGUUGAGCAAGUACGUAUUUUGCUACAGAAAAUGAAUUGUAUGUGGAAGCUGUACGACCAUCCACUCAUGGUGCUGGGAUACACGUUUGACUACAAUCUUCGGCAAUCAUUGCUCGCUCUUCACCAGCCAUUACUUCAGUGGCUUUCGAUUGGAAAACAUGCAAAGCAAUACUUCCAGAGCUGGUUCUGCGCAGCGCCAUCAAGCCAGAGUUCUUCGCGAAUGCUGCCGUUGAGCGACGAAGUUGUUGCACAGUUCAUGGAGGACAUCUGUGCAUACAAAGAGCGUAAGUAUCCGUUCGACCUGGAGUCCCUGUGUGAUUUCGACAAGCCCAAGUGUUUCUACAUGCUUAUAUCCGACUCGCAUCCGUUGAUGCACAUGUUCGGAUCUCGGCUAUUUAGCUUUUCGACUAGCACGCCGCGUCUAAGUGAUUUGAUUCCAGGAAAAGGCUUCAUCCCUGCUGCACCUUCGACCAUACAUCCACAGCAAACUCUGCUGCCACUUUUGCGAAUGAAGUUGUUCGCUCACACUGCAACACGACCGUCCAACGAUGUGCUUGAGUUUGUUCGAAGCAACAGGCCAGUAAGGUAUAUCGCACAUGUGACAAGUCAUGACGUACGUGAGCCGACGUCGGAAGCUGAUGAUGUGACUUCGCCGUCUUUUUCGGGCGUACGAUCAGGUGGACACGACAAAGCAAGUGGCGAGUCACUGAAUAGAGUAUGGAAUAAGAGGCAGUGGACAUCAAUGGCUCGAAACUGGAAAGCACAUUGGAAGAGUGAGACUGAUCACAUCGAGCGGUUACAAACCCAACGAGUGCUGGACGUUGCUACGCCGGACAUAGCUCUUGAUCGCGUCUUCAAAGAAAAGUUGCCGUCUCGACUUCCUGACGAUCGGGAAAGUUCAUCUGCGGAUGUGUAG